CGCAAGUUUGGGGAGUAGAUUAGACGGUGUGCUGCGAAGCUGGUGUGUUGUUGAUUGCUACGUAGUGCAGCGUGACAGUACACCAUGGGGGAAAACUCGACAAACAACACGCAAAGUAUAGCAGACUAUCUCGCACAACUACUUAAAGACAAGAAGCAACUGGCUGCGUUUCCAAAUGUUUUCAUCCACUUGGAAAGGCUUUUGGAUGAAGAGAUUAGCAAAGUGCGUUCAUCCCUGUUCCAAAUCAAUGGCAUGGCCAAGGAACCACUGGUGCUGCCCGAUGGCAUUGGACCUCCAGUGACGCGGUCAGAGAAAGUCUACGUACCGGUCAAGGAGCAUCCUGAUUAUAAUUUCGUGGGUCGAAUCCUCGGACCGCGGGGCAUGACAGCGAAGCAGCUGGAACAGGAGACUGGUUGCAAAAUCAUGGUUCGUGGGAAGGGUUCCAUGAGGGACAAGAAGAAGGAGGACUUGAACAGGGGCAAGCCAAACUGGGAGCACCUGAACGAUGAGCUGCAUGUGCUCAUCACUGUUGAAGACUCCAGCAAUCGGGCUGAGAUGAAACUAAAGAAAGCAGUCGACGAAGUUCGCAAGCUUCUGGUCCCAGUGACGGAAGGAGAGGAUGAACUGAAGAAGCGCCAGUUGAUGGAGCUGGCCAUCAUCAAUGGCACCUAUCGAGACAGCAGUGCCAAAUGCAGCGGUAUGCUGUCUCCCUUCUACAAUUUAGCGGAGGCCCAGCGGCUGAUCACGACAGCUCCACCGGUGGCACUGACGUCAUCCCAGCGCACCCUGUCAACCCCUUUGGGUGCACCACUGAUUCUCUCUGCCAGGGGCGGACUGCCCAUCGGACCCCCGAGCGCCCUCCUCAAUGGAUCGGGGCCCCCACCCCCACUGAUUCCAGCGGACGCGGGGCUCUUGUACGCUGCCUACCCUGAUUACCACCAGUACGCAGCGCUGGCCUCGCCCCUGCUCGCGGAGUACGCCCCUGACCACACGGCUGCUGGUGCUGCAGCAAAACAGAGGCGCCAUUUGACAAUGCGCGAGCAUCCUUACCAGCGGAUUGGGUCUCUAUAGUUGAAGAUCCACCACCUGUGCAACUCCGUCCGCUGAAGACUAACCCAAAACCUACUGACCGGCUGUCGUCACUAACGCCGGCUGCUGCGCUGGUAAAACACAUCCUUUUAUAUACUCUUCAUCAUCAACAUUUUGCGGGGUGCUCAGCAUCGACAGACGACAGCCCCUGCCUCAGAAGCAGCUGCCUUUGUGGAAUGUGUGUUCUGCAGACUGUUGUUACUGAGUGUCUUGCGUGUGAUGUGCUCGUCUGGUUUGACAGUCUUACUUUAGCUCUUGCAGUACCGGAUGCUGGUUGUUUGAACAGUGAACCACAAGUUUUUCUUUUUCUCUUUUUCGUUUUCUUUCUUUUUUCUUUUCUUUUUUUUUUUUGUCUCCUACAGUCUGUCCCAUGGGACUAUGAAAGGACCUUUCACGGGUUUGAGCAUUGACCACCAGAUCCGUGAUACUAUUGAGAGGUUCGAAAAUUGCGGGAAAAUUUGUUUUGAACGUAGACUUUACCCGUUCUUUUUCUGUUUGUUUGCAGACGAUAAUCAUGCAUAAUUUUGCGUUUGCAUGCCUUGAUAAUGUUUGUACAUGAGUCAUUGAAUAAUUGUGCAAUGACAAGGAAAAUCUGCUACCCUUGCCUUGUGCACAAGUCGAAUGCGCAUACUCCUUGUACAGCUCUUGGGUAGGAAAUUGGUGUCAAAAUUAACUUUGCCUUUUGGUGAUUGGCAUUCGAGCUUGUGGUUAUCUUGCAGAUUGUACAACUUGCAUGGAGUUUUCUUUCUUCAGUUCUUUUUGAAACGGGCUUACUGUACAGCGAUCCACAUCUCACUGCAAAAGCUUUUUUCAAAAUCUGUGUCAACAUGUGUCACCUUGGCAAAGAUUUGCUGCGAAGGGACUCGGACCAAGUCUGCACUUGGCACAUGCACAUAAUAAGGCAUGACUUCAUCCAGAACUGUGCAAAACGUAAGCAGGCAUAGCAGUGAUAUUACAUGGAGUCCUCAUUCUUGUGCGUGUAGUCGCAUACAAGAUGGUGACUCGUAAUAGUAACUUGCAUCACUAAUUGGACGAAGUGAGAAGUUAUCUUGCGAUGGUCAGUGAACCAUGUGAAAGACUACCUCUUCACUUGUGGCACCCCUCACUCAAGUAAGACUGUCAGCAUCUCCCCCUUCCGACCUAGGUUAGUGGUUGGCAUUGUUAUUGUGCAGACAACAAAACAAGCAGUGAAUGCUUAGAUGGGGGAAAUCUUUGAAGUGGAGAGUAUUUCAAACGUGGGGUGGACUCUGGAAUUUGUAGUCAUUUAGGAAGAAUGGUGCUAACCCCCUCCCCUCCCCCUUUCCGCGAGCUUUCCCCCACUGUUUUUUCAGUGCAGCUAAUUGUUCAAAGUAACUGGCCAGUUCUUGCCUGAGGCAGUUUUUUUUUUGUUUUGUUUGCACAAAUGGCAGCUAGAUGUUUCUCCUAUGUAGGACACUUUCUUUUAGUAUAGGACAAGAGCAUGCACUUCACAAGUAGUAGUAGAGGCUCUGUUUUGAGUGUGCACGACAUCAUCUUUUACGUUACCUUCUGUUGGAGGAAGAUGUUGGUUUCUCAUUUUGUUGCAGCUGUAAUUUCGUUGAACCUGUAGCGCAUUCUUUUCCUUCGUUUUCAUCAAAGACUCAGCAUCCUUUUGUAUACAUACAACCGCACUACUUAAGUUAUUUACGUGUACAUAACGUUUCACGCAUCUGCCUUCAUGAGAUGUCAUUGACCUGUGUCUGGCCGAUGGAUUGGUGAGGGAUGCUUUUGCAACUUGCGGCAGCUUUCGUGGACGUAGGACUUUUCAUUGCCCACAUUUUGCCAUGGUCAUUGUCUUGCCCGUCCUUCCUGUGAUUUUUGGCAGCUGUGGUGAACUUGCCUUGCAAGCCCCAAGGAGAGAAGGUGGGUGUUGUGUUCUUGUUGUUAGUUUUACUCCAGGGCUAACAGCAGUAAUAGUUGAAGGUGGUCUAAGUGAGACCAUUGAGCAUUUAGUAGGUUUGUUUUUAGCCUAAUUUUAUGUUCAUAAAUUACGGGCAUCAGAAUUAUGUUCGGUUAAAUUUGGUCUGAACCGGGUUGUUAGACUUUCCAGACAUUGUCUCCUCGAAGAAAGCAAAAGUGUUUCAAAGUGAUAGGGAAGUGCAGGGCAAAAAAAGAAAAGAAAAAAAAAACGAUUGGUCUGCCGAGCACUGAAAUGCAGUGUGCUGCAACUAGGCUUCAGAGUCUGUGCCUUAGGAUACCUAAGCUUUUGACACUUUGCAGAGAACUUGUUGGUAUUUCCUCCGAAGUGCCUCCCUAUGGGUUAUAUUUACAGCGUUUUUGCCCUGAUCAAUCAUUACAAAGGUAAAAGACAAAACUAACGCACCUUAGCAAACUGUAGCUGGGUUCGGCAGGAAAUGUUUUCACUGCAAUUGUUGACACAAUUUUGUGGUGUGUAGUAACAAAGCUAAAUUGACUUGCAAAUGGAAGUUGAAGCAGUACAAGAUCACAAACUCACUCUGUUGAAACUUUACGAAUAGGUUAUCAUUGCUCCUCCUCCUUUUUUUUUUCCCGGAGGCUGUUUUCCUCAUCACUUUGAUAUUGUACAAGUUACGUACUUUCACGAGAUUCAGAGAGAUUUCGGCUUUUCCUUUUCUUUUUUUUACUGCAAGUUGCGUUGUGGUGUUGGCUUGAUCUUUGAAGAAUCUCAGCAUUUUUUGCACAUGUCCAGUGACCGUUGGGCGAGCCAACGGUGUUUUUGUCGUGCCAAUCCGGGCACCCACUUUUUUUUGCCUCUCUAGGACUUCUUAAAGUGCCAAAAGAAUCCUUUCUUUUUUGGGACACCAAGUUGUGUGACUGCAUGAAAUACGAGGAGCGAUUUUUGUUUGCGUGGGCGUCUUUAGCCAGCGUUGUGGGUCUCAGUGGAGUGUAGCUUGCUACGAACGCGUUUGUGUAUAGAGAACACUCAGGUGCCUUAUAUCUCCUUGUAACAAUGUGCAAUUUACGUAGUGUAUGCCAACUUCAGUGUUGGUGCUGGUGAUGCAUGGGAGUGCCGGAGCCACAAUGCGUCUUUAUGUGGUUGAAGAUGCUCAGACUUUGUACUUAAUAGGCUGAUGUACAGAUUUCAGAAAGGAAGCCAAAUAGUUUUGUUUUCCUGUUUAUAUGAGAGACUUUCGCAGGUAUCGGUGAAUAGCGGGAGUUUCAUUAUUGGCAGCCAGUUAUUUUUCAUGGUAGCACGUAAUUAUGUGUAAAUCUUUUUUUUUUUCUCCCUCUCUCUCGCUGCCCAUUGCAUAUUCAUUGUUGUACUUAAUUCAGGAUGGUCACAGCAAUAAAAUGAUUCUGAUUGCAAUUGGAUAA